AUGUUGAAAGUGGUGGUGUUGCUGCUGCUUCUGCCUCUAAUCUUGUGCAAAGCAGAAGCCACUAAGUGUCUCAUGAAGGAUCCCCUUCCUGUUCCCCAUGAGUGGUACCAGCCAGGAGAUCUCCUCAUCGGUGGAAUGUCUUCUCAGAUGGGUUACCAUGUGCAUGAAAUAGAAUUCAGACAACAUCCAUCUCAGGUGUUGUAUAAGGAACCAUAUAUGGUGCCAAAGUUCUACCAGCAUGUCCUGGCCUUGGUGUUUGCUGUAAAUGAAAUCAACAAGAAUACACAACUCUUGCCCAACAUCACUCUCGGGUACCACAUCUAUGACAGCUACAAUGAUAUGAGGAUGACUUAUCGUACCACGUUUGAUCUGCUCUUUAAAUGGCACCGAUAUAUUCCUAAUUACGAGUGUGAUUUCCCCAAAAACCUAACAGCCAUCAUUGGGGGACUGAGCUCUGAUACCUCCUUCCACAUGGCAAACAUCCUAAGUCCUUACAAGAUCCCACAGCUCACUUAUGGCUCAUUUGAUCCAGAACAAAGAGAAGGAAAACAGUCCCAUUCCCUUUACCACAUGAGCCCAAUUGAAGUCCAUCAGAAUGCAGGGAUCAUCCGGUUACUUCUCCAUUUCCAAUGGAUGUGGGUUGGACUUUUUGUUGUGGAUGAUGACAGCGGAGAACAUUUCUUGAAGGUCCUGGAGCCACUCCUUUCCCAAAAUGGAAUCUGUUUGGCUUUGAUGAAGAAAAUUCUAAGUCAACGAAACUGGAAUGAUCUAGAUCAUUUCAUUGAUUUAUUUUUAACUACAUAUUUACCUUUCAGAGAAAGCAAAGCUAGCACAUUUAUCCUCUAUGGAGAUUCCACUGCACUUAUGGUAUGUACUCUUAUAUUCCUAGGCAAUCCCAACUACAAGGAAAACGCAUCAUUGAGAAAAGUGUGGAUUAUGACAUCCCAAAUUGAUUUUGCACUAAUAAGCCUUCAGCGGUCCUGGGAUUUCCAGUUCUUCCAUGGGACCAUUUCCUUCACAAUUCCCUCAAACGAUCCUCAGGGCUUCCAGAACUUUCUUCAAGACAUAAAACCUUGCAAAGAACAAGGAAAUGGCUUUCUCAAGGAAUUCUGGGAGCAAGCAUUUGACUGUGUCUAUUCAAAUUCCCAGGAACCAAUGAAUAGCAGUGAAACCUGUACUGGGGAGGAGAGACUGGAGAGUCUUCCUGGGCCACUGUUUGAAAUGCAAAUGAGUGGUCACAGCUACAGCAUCUACAAUGCAGUCCAUGUCAUCGUGCAUGCUAUCCAUGCCUUGUACUCAUGCAGAUACAAUCACAGGGCAAUGAAUGAUGGCCAAAGAAGAGAACAUCAAAGGCUCCAGCCAUGGCAGGUGGCGCCCCUCUCUGUGUGCAACGACUACUGCAACCCCGGGUAUCAUAAGCAAAAGAAGGAAGGCAAGACAUUUUGCUGCUACGCAUGUGCUUCUUGCCCGGAAGGGAAGAUUUCAAGCCAAAAGGACGCGGAUGAUUGCAUGAAAUGCCCGAGUGAUCAAUAUCCAACCAAGGACCAAGAUGGAUGCGUUCCCAAGAGAAUGAGCUUCCUGUCUUUUGAAGAACCUUUAGGAAUUAGUUUGGCCUCCACAGCUGCUUUAUUAGCUCUGAUUGCAACCACAGUGUUAGGAACUUUCAAUAAGCACAAAGACACCCCCAUCGUCAAAGCCAACAACCGGGACAUCACCUACAUCCUUCUAAUCACUCUCUUGCUCUGCUUCCUCUCUUCUUUGCUGUUCCUUGGCCAACCAACAAAGGUGACCUGCUUCCUUCGACAAUCUGCUUUCAGUAUCAUCUUCUCAGUGGCUGUUUCUUGUGUGUUGGCCAAAACCAUCACUGUGGUUGUAGCUUUCAUGGUCACCAGACCUGGGUCCAGCAUGAGGAAGUGGGUGGGGAAAAGACUGACUAACUCCAUUGUCCUUUCCUGCCCCCUCAUUCAAGCAGGCAUUUGUGUGGUAUGGCUGGCAACCUCACCCCCAUUCCCAGAUUAUGACACAUUGUCACUGACUGAAGAGAUCAUAGUACAAUGUAAUGAAGGGUCUGUCCUCCUCUUCUACAUUGCCCUGGGUUAUAUGGGAUUUUUAUCCACCAUCUGUUUGACUGUAGCUUUCCUAGCCAGGAAGUUGCCUGAUAGUUUCAAUGAAGCCAAGUUUAUCACUUUCAGCAUGCUGAUCUUCUGCAGUGUUUGGUUGUCUUUUGUUCCAACCUAUGUGAGCACCAAAGGGAAAUACAUGGUAGCUGUGGAGAUAUUUUCUAUCUUGGUUUCCAGUGCUGGGUUGCUCAGCUGCAUCUUUUCCCCCAAAUGCUACAUUAUUGUGUUGAGACCUGAACUGAACAGGAGAGAGCAAUUAAUAAGAAAAAAUAACAAGGGUAGUGAUUUCUAA